UAAACCCCGGUCCGCGGUCUAGUUAGCGCAAGGGGACGUCGCUUAAUCUCUCCACGGGCUGCUGCUGCUACUGCCGUCGUUGCCAAGCGACCAGCGCUUACGGUGCUUCCGAUUCCGAACGUGGUCCUCGUCACGGUGUGGUAAUACGAGUCGGAACGAAAUUGCGCGUGUUGUUUUACCAGCUUCGCAAUCUAAUCCCGUUCUAAAUAUUUCGAUCAUACUAAAAAAAAAGGUGUGCUCCGACUAAGUCCACCAGCUGACCCGCGUGUCGCCGCCGGAUCGUGUUCCAGACGAGCAACGAAAAAAGAAACGCGCGGUAGCACCACAAUCGAGGAGGUCCAAUUGAAUACACCUACGAACUUCGAAGAAAAGGGCCGUAGCCAGCAGCCCAAGCGCCAUGUCGAACUCGUACGCGACUACGGGCGCCAGGCCAACGCCACGAUGGAAGAGAUUCAUCAAAUCGAACCUGCUUACCUUCCUGACUGUGCUGGGCGUAUUCGGUGGUACAGCGCUCGGUUUGGUGCUUAAGAACUCCGAGGUUCCAUGGACAGAGCGUGAGGUGAUGUACAUCCAGUAUCCGGGCGAUUUGUUCCUACGGAUGCUCAAAUGUUUGAUCGUGCCCCUGCUUGUCUCAUCGAUCACCAGUGCGAUCGGUUCGCUGGACUUAAGUAUGUCGAAAAAGAUCGCAUUCCGAGCGAUCGUGUACUACUUUACGACGACGAUCUGUGCCGUCGUGCUGGGCAUCAUUCUCGUCAGUACCAUUCGACCGGGUACGGGACGCUCUGUGGAUACGAUCGCUGGAAAGGCCACCACAAGGCAGGUGCUUACCGCGGACACUUUGUUGGAUCUUGUGAGAAAUCUUUUCCCACCGAAUAUCAUCCAAGCCACCAUGUUCCAGUUCCGCACCAUUCUGACCCCGCCAGCUAACGCUACCGGUGUUCCACUAACUGCGUACAAAAUUAACUCCGAGUUUACCCAGGGCACCAACGUGCUGGGUCUGGUCAUGUUCAGCGUGGUACUCGGCACGUGCAUAGGCAAGAUGCGUGAGAAGGGCAAACCGUUGCUCGGUAUGUUCGAAUCGCUAAGCGAGGCCAUGAUGAUCAUCACAUCCUGGGUGAUCUGGAUUUCUCCGAUCGGUGUGCUUUUCCUUGUCGCUGCCAAACUGCUCGAGAUGGCGUCGUUCAUGGAAGUAUUGGGUCAGCUCGGCUGGUACUUUAUGACUGUGAUGCUGGGUCUGUUCGUGCAUGGUUUCGGAACUAUUGCGGUGAUUUUCUUCCUUACCACACGGAAAAUGGCCUAUCCGUACAUUGGCAAAAUGAGUCAGGUCCUGGCGACGGCGUUCGGCACAGGCUCCAGCUCGGCGACGAUGCCUAUCACGAUCCGCUGCCUCGACAAUAUGGGCAUCGAUCCGCGUGUGACGCGUUUUGUCAUUCCCGUCGGUGCUACGAUAAACAUGGACGGUACGGCGCUGUACGAAGCCGUGGCGGCUCUCUUCAUUGCUCAACUACGUAACAUUCAUCUUACCUUUGGUCACAUCGUUGCUGUGAGUGUGACGGCAACGGCAGCUUCCAUCGGAGCGGCUGGAAUACCGCAAGCUGGACUUAUUACGAUGGUUAUGGUGCUGGACACUGUGGGACUUCCUGCCGAAGAUGUUACCAUUAUUAUUGCCGUCGAUUGGCUCCUUGAUCGAUUCCGCACAACGAUCAACGUAAUGUGUGAUGCCCUCGGAACGAUUCUCGUGAAUUCCCUGUCGAAGAAGGAUCUGGCUGGCGAAGAGACUGGCAGACUCGAACUGGCGGAGCCACAUGAACUAGUUGAGUUAAGGCCAGACCAGAAGGAAUAGAAAGAACUAGAGCCACCGGUGGACCAAACGCUUCAUCACCUUCCCCCUUUUGACCAUCCAUUUUAACACACCCAAUUGUCGUUUCCAUCAAAAGGCAUACGUACAGUGGAUACGUAUGGUGGUCGGAACAUGGUCGGAAAAGAAUGCCACAUGACCGUAGGGAAACUGGAUGAAUCCUCGGCACCAAGCAACACCACGGGGACGAAUUCAUUCGAAACGAGUUGAUUCGAGUGCGGCACUGCCUUCCCAUCUGCAUAUUAUAACACGACGCCAUAUAAGAGACAAGACAAUAGGCACAUUUGCUAGGCACUCUCGGACAAUCGACUUCGGGGGAAUAUAAUCUCGCUCGCUCGAUCGUUCAACGUUAUUAGGAUAAGCUACACAAUACCAGUAUCUAUUUAGGAUGUAGCAAGUAGGCCACGGAAAAGCAUCUCAAUACAACAUGUCAUACCGAAUCAUUUAAAAAUACACAGUAUGUGAAAACUCUAAUAACUGGCCCCGUUGCCCUGCGAUCGACGAUAAUCAUACGAAGCAUUCUGAGCCACGAUAGCGUUUAGUGGAGCACUCUUGCCACACGGGUCACGAGUCUACACAGCCCUAUAUCGAUGUAACACCGACUAGUAGGCGGUUAGAUGUUAGAAAUAUGGCGAUUGAUGUGUUUAGUGUGCAAUAUUCUACACACUUGAGUGUAACCAAAAUCGAACGGAAUCCGUAACAGCCAACUCUACUCUAGAAAACGAUACCAUAGGAACUGUACGAUUAUGUCGUAGUGUCGAUAUUUCUUGUAUCAAAAUUAAAUGCAUUUCACACCAACUUAGUGAACGAUUCGAUUUUAAGCGAAACCAUAUUUGUUUGGGUUAAGUUUGUAAGGCGCCCCCAUAGUAGAUCACGACAAUAGUUCAAACAAGCGAAUUUACCAUUAUUGCAAAGUGCUAGAUUUAAUCCCUUUGGAGUGUUUCAGCGAGAUCGAGAACGAGAGUUUGUAUAUUUAAAAAUACUUACAAAUAUAUUUUAAUGAUCCACUUCUUGUGCUCGCACGAUUUAUUUUCCAGCUUGUACAGAUGCAAGAUGUUAUAUUUCAUUAGUAUUCC